AUUUAAAAAAUGAUAGGAAACAUACAUUUUCAAGAAAUUGAAAAAUUAAUUAAAACACAGUGAAUAAGCGCUAUAAAAUGACAAAUUUACAUUAUACUUGGUGUAUCUGGAGCUAUACGUUUACGUAACCUACGUAAGAAGAAAAUCGUACGUAAUAAUAGUAGAAAAAUACGUGAAAAAGAAAAAUAAUUUUAUUUCUCACAAAUAAUUGAGUGGAUAAACAUGUAAAAAUAAGCUCCAGCGUAGAAAAACGAAGCUUCAUUACUAAUAAAUGUCAAGAGCAUUAAAACAUCAAUCGAUUUUCGGAGAAUUAAAUUAUAAUUAAAAAUCAGAUAAUUGCAAAAAAUAUAUAUCAUCAUGUUAUUAACUGUUUUCUAUCUGACAUCGACUAGCUUUCAAUCCUGGAGACUUCGUGCGAUACAUCAGAAGAUAUCCAGAGCAAUUGACACAAAAAACUCUGUUGUCUUCUUAAAGAAAUCUGAUGGAAAUAGUCAUGGCAUGGUAACGGCAUUAGCAUCUUCAGAUAUUUGCGUGAAUUCGUCCGAAGCAUCUGUUCACGAUUGUUUUUGGUCGAAUGACAUUUCUCAAGGAAUCUCCAUAUCACCAAAGCAGAUCCUGUACAUUAAUCCAUUCAUCACGUUUCCAACACCACCGAGUCUCGUUCCGUUCAGUUAUAGUGCCAAGAAUCUGCCAGAUAUUGGUAAAAACGACGUCAUACAUGCAUUAAUUGAGGCUGAACUUGUUCCAGAAACUAAUCUGUCAUUACCCGUACUUGAGAUUGAGGCAUUCACUCACAUGCUGGCAUGGAAAAUUGAUACAAAAUUGUCUGUUCUAGUCAAGACGAGUUCAAAGCAUUUGUCGCAGCUAAUAUUUGCCUCAUUCGUUCAGAAUAAUUAUGUUAUUAAUGAUCAUUUACAAUUGUCACGCAUUGAGACAGUUGAUAUUGAAGGAAAUCCUCAAGAUUAUGAGCAAAUUAUGACUCAUUCAAAACAUCAUGGAGUCAGAAGAUUCAGUGAAUUAAUGUCGCCACUCGAUUGGAACAAGCAUUUGGAAGAGAUUAGAAAUUUGGGGGUUUUGGCAAGUCAGGCAAGCGAAUUUGAGUACAAGAAGAAUUUAACGGAAGGUAAGACUGGAAUUGUUCAGCCUGAUUUAAUUUCAUCGAAGAAUAUUGAGGAUAGUCUAAAUCGUAAGCCAACAAUAUCACCUAAAAACAGUAUAGUUUCUAUGGAGAAAAUGGACGAGAAAUUAAAGGAACUAAAGCAGGAAUUAAGGAAACAAAAUGAUACCUCAAAUCUACCGAAUACAUCUUAUGAUUCUAAAAAAUUAGAGGAAGUAAUCACACCUGGUUCACCUAGAUUCCCCGUCUCCCCUGCUAAAACAGCUAAUAAAAGUAAAGUCAUUAAUGACUAUGCCUCAUCUAAAUUCCCAGUACUCAGUUCUCCUGCAAAAAAAUCAUUCUUUGGUGAAAAGGCUGAUUUAACAUCCACAACUACUAAUAUUAAUCUUCCAGAUGCUAAUAACGUCCUUAAAAAUCAUAAAGAAAAUAUCGCAGGUACCACAAAAGCUGUCAUUGAAGCCCAUAAAUCAAUUGUAGACAUGAAAAUCGACUUAAAUGCUAAAAUUAAGGAAGAUCCAGCGAAGUUAAAUAGUGAUAAAGUUGCUACUGACUUGACAAACAAAAGUGAAGGUUUAAAAUCAGAAAGUGCUAAAAUUAUUGAAUCUGAAAAGUCAAAUAGUUUGUUAAAGGAAUCAAGUGUCAGUGCUGGAAGUGAGAAAUCGGGUGUAAGUGGUGCUGUAAGUGAGAAAUCAAGUGCUGAUAGUGACACAUUCGUUUAUGAAAGUGAUCAAACAAGCAAAGCAAGUGAUAAAUCAAAGGAAAUCUUAACUGGAACUGAAAUUGACAAGAAAGAAGACGAAAUAAUUAAUAAAACUGCAAAUGGAACUGACGAAAAGGCUAAAACAAAAGAAUUUACUGUCACAGCAGUUAAAGAAACCGAAAAAGCUAUUGAAAACAAUGGAUCAAUUUUAAAAGAGACUGAAAAGUCAAAGGAAACAGCUAAGGAGGCAAAAGUGACUGAAAUUCCUAGCGAUACUGCCAAAAAAUCGGAAGUUAAGCAACCUAAUUUAAAGGAGAUUGGCAAAAUAUCAAGUGUGAAGGAUACUGAUGUUGUUGAUGGAACUAAGGAAGCAGUUUUGAAGGAAAUAGGCAAUGAUGCCAAAUCAAAGGAACUAAACCUAAAAGAUUCAACAAAGUCCUUCAUUGCUAAUGAACAGAAAGCUACAGAAGUUUCGAAAAAAGUUGAGGAACCAGCCAAAAUCUCAAAGUCAGUCGUGGAAACCGUAAAGCCAGUUGAAAUAAUUAAGCCUGUCGUGGAGCCACCAAAACCAGUUGAUAUCCCUAAGCCUGUCGAGGUCACAAAGCCAAUUGAAGUCACAAAGCCAGAAGAAGUCAACAAAAUUCCAGAUAUUAAAAUCGAUCAAGCAAGUUCCAUAAAACCAGCACCAGAAGCGCCAUCAUCAUCAACCGAAACAAAGCCGACCUUACAACGAAGCCGUAAGAAGUUAAUGGAAGCAAAACCUCCGAAUGUUCUAGUCUAUUCCGAUAGUACAACAACAAGAAGUAAUGUAAUUAAGACACUUGGAAGUAUUUUAAAGGAAAGCAUGUAUACAAUUUAUCCAUUGACCGUUCAACAAGUGCGCGAACGAAUAUGGCUAGAUAACACGACAUUGCUUGUUGUUUGUGGAGGAAUCAAUGGUUCCGAUAUCAGCCAUAUCUUUUUAGAAUAUUUCUUUAAAGGCGGUAAAGUUUUGUGCUUAUGUUCAGACUUGCUACGACAAGUCUUGCCAACUUAUCAUACUGCUGAGGUACGUGAGCAUGAACUCGUUCAGUUUUCUUAUGGACAAUGGAAGAAUAUAAAAAUGAUGCAUCACAUUUUCUGCUAUCAACCAUCACCAAUUCGUAAACACUUUUCUCAGGACAGCGACGACCCACCGAAAGAGAAAACGAAUGGAAAUCCACUAAUAGUAUUACCAAGGUCCAUCGAGCUGAAAGAUCAUCUGGGAAUGAAUCACAAUGUACAUGUGCAAAUCUUGGGUACCGAAGACACGUGGAAGACGCCAAGUUUGUUGAUGGUCUACACAGACAACGGUGGAAAGAUUAUUUUCUCACAAAUUCACUUGGAAAUCGAUCCAUCAUUUUAUGAGAAUGACGAACAGAAAUAUCAGAUUUUAAUGAAGAAUGAUAAUCUGAGACACGAAAUAUUUGGUGAUGUCUUAAGUACUCAUCUUGGUUUAGCUACUGCUGAUAUGAAAGUCAGGAAGAAGGAGGGAGAUGCUCUGUUUACAAAGGGAUACUUCUUGGGACGUCAUGAGCUAAAAUUCGAAAUCCUUGAAAAACUAAAGCCUGUUAUGGACGAUAAUACAUUGAAGAUUGAUGGACUUUCAAUCAAAUUCUGUGGUAAGAACGUUGAUCCACCAACACCUGAAUCUUUCUGCUUGCCUGUUAUGAUCCAUUCCUGCCCGGAUGACUUCUCAACAUUGGACUACUUUGAUACUCUCAAAACAUCAGAAAUCGGACGAGCUUUAAUAUAUUCACAUAUCCUUACAAGCUCUAUGAGUAUGAUCAAUAAAAUGAACUAUUGUCAUGGAUUGGCAAUUGUCUCGAGAGUUUUGACUCAAGCAACAGGCAGAUCAAAGAAUACGUGGCUGAGCCCUGAAGGAUGCUUGAUGUUCACCAUCCAACUCCACAUUCCACUAAAAUCUCCACUAGGACAACGAAUCCCACUAGUUCAACAUUUGAUUGCUACAGCUGUAGUAAUGGGAAUUAAGAACAUUCCUGGAUAUGAGGGUUUGGACAUAAAUGUAAAGUGGCCUAACGACAUAUACGCAAAUGGAGAGAGAAAAAUUGGUGGUUUAAUUGUCAACUCAACCAUCGAAGCUGACCAAGCUAUUUGCAAUAUUGGUCUGGGACUCAAUCUAUCAAACUCAAUUCCAACUACAUGCAUCAAUGAUAUGAUAUUGGAAUACAAUAAGAAACAUUCGAAGAACCUUAAGCCAUUGACAUUAGAGAAGACAUUGGCUAUCAUAUUCAAUGAAAUUGAAAAUAUUUUAAAUCGCAUUCAAGCUGAUGAUAUCGAUUAUCUAUACAAUCUGUAUUAUUCAUGCUGGCUGCACACUGAUACUUCUGUGAAAGUUUUAUCGUCAAGUGGACAGGAAAAGAAUGGAAAAAUUUUAGGUCUUGACGAGUACGGAUUUCUGAAGAUUCGUCUUGACAACAAUCAAAUUGAAUCCGUUCAACCAGAUGGCAACUCAUUCGAUAUGUUGCGCGGAUUGAUUGUUCCAAAAGCUCAUUGAAUAACUUAUAGGAUCGAGGCUUAGUAAUGAAAUUGUUUUUUUUUUUUAGACAAAGAGUACUUAAAUUAAAAUGCCAUGAUAUUUAAAUGUCAAGAAGAUUUAUUGCUGAUAUCAUGUGAUGGUGUAAAAUUAAAAAAUCAAGCUGCCAAAAGAAUCAUCUGAUUUCAGGCUAAAACAAUUGUAUUUUUAAAUUUGAGGCAAAAAAGUCAUUUUACUGAAUUCAAAACUUCUUCACAAUACUUUAAUAAUUUGAGAUUCGAACUCUUAACAAUUUUGAUUUGCAAUUAAAUUUCAAUUCAACAAGUUGUAUUCAACUCAGCAUAUGCCAUCAUUUAAACACCAUCGAAUUAAAGCUUGCCAUUUUUAAAUCACUGACAAUUUUGUUAGAGAAAAGAGAUUUUUGGAAUUAAUAUUGGCUUUAAAAAUUCAAUUGUUAUAUUAAAAACCUUAGCGCACAAUAAGCGUAUGCAUUGGUUAUUUAAAUUCCACAAAUAGAAACAAAAUUUUAAAAAAAUUCCAAAACUAUUUAUUAGGCAUGAUUUAACAAAUUAUUAAGAAAAGGAAGAAUGACAUAGAAAUAUUUAUUAAAUGUUAACAUAUAAAAAUACAAAAAAGCGAGUAAAAAAAUUAACCAUAAAAUGAGAAAACAAGAAGGAAUGAGUGAAUAGAACUGAAAUGAAUGAACUUUAUGAAUAUGAGAUUAGAAAGGGAGCAACAAUUUCAAAUGAAAAGCAAGAAAGAGAGAAAAUAUUCUAAAAAUUCAGCGUAUCAGAGUGAGAAAGAUGGGAAUGAAUGAAGAGCUUGUUUAUGUCUACAAGCCAUUGUUCCUUGUUGCUUUUUCUCAUAAGAUUUUAUGAUUCAUAAAAUAUUUAAAGAAUUUUCAUUCAAUUUACAUUCAGAUUGAAUGUUUUUUCGUCGAGUGUUCUGGAUGUACCUAUGAGCUAAGAAAUAUGAAAAAUAUACUUAAAGCGCUUUUAAACUCAAUAAUAUUCAUGUUAUAAAGUUUGCAACAAAAAAAUAGAUAAAAUAUAAACAGAAUUACAGAAAUUGGAUCAAAUGUAGCGUGGCUACUUCUUCGAUGUGGAUGGAAAUUAAUUUUGAAUUAUGAGAAUUUAGAAUGGAAUUUUGACGAAAAGGAAGUAAAAUUAAUAUCAGUGUGGAAUUUUCUGGAUAUAAGUUCAACUUUGAUUUAAAGAAGCGAGAUGCUUUUAACAAAUAUUAAUUUUUCAAAAAGCAAUAUUGAUGCUCAUGCUAUGAGGGAUUAUAAAGUUUCUAAAUCUUUAAUCCUAAUGGACAUCAUACUGAGCAAAUACUUACCUGAAAAAAUGCUUAUUAAUGAAAAAUUUUUCAUAAAAGUUGCAAAUUUUCUCUAGCUAGUUUAUUGCAUUCUCCAAUCUGUGCAGAGAGAUUUUGUCGAGAUUUUCCUAAAAUAAUAUUCCAUUCUAUAUCCUCAAAUCAAAAACUAUAAAAGCGUGAAUUCAUCAGAGAUUUGUUCACAAGUUUAUGAUCAAUAAAUUGAACAAAAAACAACUGAUGAACAGCCUGCUACAUUUCCGCCAAUUUCAAGCUGACAAAAUAUUUAUGGAUAUACCAUUGUUGCUAUAAUUUUAUCUACAUCCCUUUAAAAAACAUACAAAUAUUUAUCUAACUCAGAAAAUUUUGUGUCUGUUUUAUUUACAUCUAUAUUCAGUGCAAUGUCGAGAUGUUAUUCAUAAAAAUUUUAUUCAUUCAAUUGUGAAUUAUUUAAAAAUCUGAAAAUAAAGUAAAAGAGAAAUC